UUAGGGGUGUUAAAAAAUACUGAUAUUCAUCGGUAUCCGACGCUAAUCCCGAUACCGAUACCGAUACCGAUACCGGCCUCGGUAUCGGUAUCAGCAAAAACGGUAUCGGGAUUUAUCAUUCGGUAGCGGUAUCAGUAAAAUCGGUAUCGGUAUUCAAAGAGACCGGUAUAAUACCGCCCGAUACCGGUCGGGAUCCCGAUACCGCUGAACCCUAGUAAAUACGCAAUCCAAUUCAUAAUAUUUACUUCAUAAACAUUGCCGUGGUAAUAAACAUAAAGGGAUACUAAAUAUUAACGAACUAUUGUGGCAGAACGUCCUUCUGUUUCUACUGGUCAGGAUAAAAUACAUAUACCUAAGCUUUAAGUACAUACAAUUAAAUGUAAGGUCGAAAAAGGGCUUAUAAUGUGGGUAGAUAAUAACAUAGUAUAUUACAUGGGAAAAUGUAAAUGUAAUAUAAAAAUUCGUACUUCUAUACUUCCAAAGUAAGUAUGAAUGAGAGUCCCCUGCCUUACAAUAAUAAAGACGAUCCCCGAACCAAAAGUUUCUGUUAUCCAGUCUUUCUUCGGAUCUCUAAUUAAAUUAUACUCAUUAUAAAAAAAGAUUUUUUCAGCCCAAGUGGUGGGUGAGGGUUGUGAGGGUGCUAUAUUGAGGGCUGUCCAGUAAAAAGUAAAAAAAAUUAUCUUUUAUUUUUAAAAAGCUGUCCAAUACAAGAACAUGUUGCUUCAAUAUUAGGACUUCCAAAUCCAGGAAGUUACAUUCCUUCAUUAUAUGAUUCUAAUUUGCCCGAUAAAAUGUCAAUUUAUGAAAGAACAACAAAUUUAUUUAGACAAUUUGCUGGUUAUGUUUAUACAAUUUAUGGAGUAGAUCCUUUAACUAAAAUAUUUAAAAAACAUUAUGGGGCAACAUUUCCUGAUUUAAGAACUAUUGUUGCAGAAAGUCCUUUUGUUUUUGUUAAUGUUGAUGAAUUUUUGGAUUUUCCCCGUCCAAUAUUUUCGAAUAUUAUUUAUAUUGGUGGACUUGGAAUGGAGGAAGGGAAAAAUACAAAAAUUAAUAAAAUUGAGGACCCAAUAAAUAUGGAAAUGUCUAAAGGUAAAAAGGGUGUUAUAUUCUUUUCAACGGGAUCAGUAGUGAAAACAACAGAUAUGGAUGAAAAUUUUAGAAGGAAUGUAUUAUUAACUUUCUCUCAAUUGACUGAUUAUCAUUUUAUUGUGAAAAUUGAGAAGGACGACAAUUUUUCCUUAAAUUUUGCCAAAGAAUUCAAAAAUAUUUUUGUCACAUCAUGGGCUCCACAAACUUUUAUUUUAAAACAUCCUCGAUUAAAAUUAUUUAUUACCCAUGGAGGUUACAAUAGUUUAAUGGAAUCGGCACGUUCUGGAAUACCUUUAAUUUCUAUGGGGUUUUUUGCUGAUCAGUAUAGAAAUGGACGUGUGGCAGAAAGGAAUGGUUGGGGACUUCCGUUUGAUAAAAGAUUGUUACUUAAUGGAAAUAAAGAAUUUAAAAAGGCUGUUUUGAAAGUUAUUGAGAAUCCAAGGUGGAUUUUUUACAUCCAUUAUAAACCUCAUUUUAAGUCUAUCUUUAGGGCUGACGGAUGA